AUGCAGCCUGACUCCUCCAUCGGAACGGGGAAGCUCUUCGGCAGGCCGACGCCUGCUCAACUGCUCAAGGCCGGAAAGAGCAUUAAAGAUGGUUGGAGUCAUGCCGGCGAAGGUGCUGACGACCCCGCUUCAACCCCGGCCCAGAACAACAAUAGUGUAGAGGAUCUUGACAGAACGAAUGUGCCCAAGGAGGACGAUCAAGGGUUCGUGUCUGCUGGCAAAGAGAGUCAUGAUUAUGGUGAGGUUCAGAUAGGAAAGCUAUACGCUAUUUCUGAAGAGCGCGAGCUAGCAAGCGAAGCCAGGCAUUCUGAAGAUGGCUUGGAAGUUUACCCGGAGGCGAACAGCACCACAGACUCUUCGCAAGAGUCGAACGCGACGGGUACAAUUCCGGCACAUCCACUGGACCAACCUGGUCUCAAGUCUGUCAGCUUUGACAUCAGCCAAGUGAAUGAGAUACAUUGUGAGCCUCAAUCAGAAGCCGUGAAGACUCCCAUGAAGCUCGGAGCUGGUGUCGAUGACGUGUUGUUCUGGUUGAGAAGUAUUGGAUUCUCACAAUAUGAAAAAACUUUCGCGCUGAAUCGCAUUGAUUUUGAAGAGUUGUUUCGUCUCAAAGAAAAUGACCUCAAACAGAUGGGAAUCAGCAUCAAACAGAACAGAAGACUUCUCCUUGAAGCGAUAGAGUACCUCCGAUUAUCUCUCAGAUUGCAACAAGCUAGCAAUGGAAAGGACGCACGGCCCAAUUGGUACCUUCCAGAAAUCGACAAUGCUGAAGAACAGAAGCCCGUCUCAAAGACAGAUGACAAGAACAUCCCUGCACAAAAGAAGGGCUACGCUGACCUAUCAAUACCCUCAAAAGAUGACCUCUACCUCGUUGCAGAUUCAAAACGAGAAGCCCAAGAAUGGCUGAAUCAGUUGAAUGCAGCCUCUAAUGUACAGUCUAGCUCCAUGAUCGCUGUCUCUUCGAUCAAGACUUACCACAUCAAAUUGAAUUGUUUGUUCGUGCAGAAUCCAGCGAAUCUCUGCAAACCAUUUUUAUCCAUCGGGCUUGUGGACAAGAAUGGCAACCUGGUAUCAGAAUUGAACCGAUUUGACAUUGAGCCAAGUCAUGACGUGGAGUCGAAAAGUGAGCUUUCAUCAGACAAUACUCUCUCUGUCAAGCUGCAGGGAGAAAUAACUAUGCAGCAAAGAAACAAGAAGACAAAUCAACCAGCACAGGGGAGCAUCAAGGCUUGGACCUCCAUCCGAUACAGUCACAUCGUGCCCGGAAGGACCGUCCUCGACAUGUGGCUUAAACCUGUACAGUAUGUGCGAUCAUCGGCAAAGUCAACGAAGUCAACAGGAUUUCAGCUAACGAUUGAUGUAAAGAAGCCGCACUAG